AAAAAGACGUUCGCUGAUUAAGAUGAUCUCAUGGAACAACACGUUAAAGCGCUCUACGCCUGUUUUUACCAUAGACCUUAUUUUCCGCGUUUAUCCUAAAACCCUACAAAAACGACAUUUUCCUAUAGGCUUUGUCCAAAGAACCAUGGCAGAGUUAGUGCCUACAAAAAAGACGCCAUUACUAUUGCUCUGUUGCAAAGUGUAAAUGUUUGUUUUUCCACACGUGCGCUAGAAGUCUAUUGGUCAUUUUGGCUGCCUGUCAUUCUAUAAUCGGAUCCAACCAUUGGCUAGCUAGACUUCCUGGGAUUUUGGCGGUGGAGUAAACAUGGCGGAAGAUUUAAAAGGGUGCCAAGUUGUAUGUAAAGUGACAACGAACCAGUUGCAGACACUCUGUCGUCAUGAAGGGAUUGUGUGCUUGGAUCUGGGGGUCAACAGGAAACAAAUGCACAACUUCGAAGUGGAGUACCUGUGUGACUACAAGAGGACACUUGUUCCUGGUAGGAAGACAGCCAAUGCCACAGGAGUACCAAAGUUCUUAACUGAUGUGGUGCUGGUCACUGAAAGCAUCCAUCUGUACUUGAGAGAGAGAGAACUGCUCCCCUGCUCCAACCUCCAACCUGUAUGUGAGCGAGAGUUCUACUUGGUUAAAUGGAAGGGUUACCCAGAUCACAUGAACACCUGGGAGCCGAGGAAAAACCUGCGGUGUGUGGAGCUUCUACGUCAGUUCUGGGACGAUGUCUUCCUGGAGCUGCAGAGACAGAAAAAGACUGUUGUCCCCAACCGGUUUGAAACAGAGAUGUCCUCUUACCUGGAGCAGAGGGCCAGGCAUAGGCAGAGCCUGCAGAGGUGGGAGACCCAGAUCAACAGUGUUGGAGGCCUCACCAAACGCAUCCUGGUCCGCAACCGUGUGGACCUGGAGGGCCCUCCGAAUAACUUCACCUACAUCAACAACUACAAGGUGGGUGAGGGCAUUUCGAUGACGACGAUGGCAGUGGGGUGUGAGUGCACCAACUGUUUGGAGAACCCUGUGGGUGGUUGCUGCCCAGGAGUAUCGGGACAUGGCUUUGCCUACAACGAGUGUGGGCAGGUGAAGGUUAAACCUGGGGAGCCCAUCUAUGAGUGCAACAAUAUGUGUCGCUGUGGACCAAACUGCCCCAACAGAGUGGUACAGAGAGGGAUCCAGCAUACCCUCUGCAUCUUCAAAACAGACAACGGGCGGGGGUGGGGAGUACGGACCUCUGAGCGUAUCCGAAGGCAUUCCUUUGUCAUGGAGUAUGUUGGAGAGAUCAUCACUACAGAGGAGGCAGAGAGGCGGGGUCAGGUCUAUGACAGACAGGGAGCAACGUACCUGUUUGACCUGGACUAUGUGGAGGAUGAGUACACCAUUGAUGCUGCUCACUAUGGAAAUGUAUCCCACUUCGUCAACCACAGUUGCAGCCCUAACCUGCAGGUGUAUAACGUAUUCAUAGACAACCUGGAUGAGCGACUGCCACGUCUGGCUUUCUUCUCAAACCGUGGUAUCAGCGCUGGGGAAGAGCUCACCUUCGACUACAAUAUGCAGAUUGAUCCAAUAGAUGUGGAGAGUACAAAGAUGGACUCCAAUUUCAGCAUGACUAUUUCACCCAAAAAGGCUUCUCUUGUGACUGGAUCACCCAAGAAGGUUCACAUGACUGGAUCACCCAAAAAGGAUCCUCUCAUGACUGGAUCACCCAAAAAGGAUCCUCCCAUGAUUGGAUCACCCAGAAAGGAUCCUCUCAUGAUUGGAUCACCCAGAAAGGAUCCUCUCAUGGCUGGAUCACCCAGAAAGGAUCCUCUCAUGGCUGGAUCACCCAAAAAGCGAGCGCGCAUGGAGUGCAAGUGUGGGACAGACAAUUGCAGGGGGUACUUGUUUUAGGGUUGCAGCAAGGACAAAUGUAUACAUUUGACUUUUCCAGGAUUGUCAUUAUGACAAUUCAACUUUAUUUCUGGCAUUUUAAAUGUAUACUAUGAUGUCUGUGAAUAUUUUGCUCUAUUUGAUCAUAAACUAUUCAUUAGUGUUUGGGGCAUCUUAUUUGUUUCUCACAUGUAUACUAAAACCAAAUAACUUUAAAAAAAUGUUUUUAACAACACUCAAAUCCAAUUUGUUGGCUACCCGAUCUCAUUGAAUCUACACUACCUUUCAAAAGUUUGGGGUCACAUAGAAAUGUUCUUGUUUUUGAAAGAAAAACACUUUUUGUCCAUUAAAUAACAUUAAUUGAUCUGAA